AUGAUUGUAACAGGAUAAAACAUCGAACUUUUUCUUUUGAUUUUAGUUGCUUCCCUAAGAGGAUUCUUAAUUAAUUAUCCACAGAAUUUCUAAAAGUAGGAUUUGAUCCUUUUGAAAGACCGAAUUAUAAUUUUUANUAACGAUUCUUUCGAAUAAUUAAAAUAACUUUAUCCAGGAAGAAUUGAUAUUAUUCUUAAAAAAAUGCUCAUUAUUGAUUUCAAUUUAAGACCUGAUUGGCUUGAAUUACAAUUAUUCUUAACUAAUGUUAAGGAUAUGCAAAUACAUAAUUUUGAUCUUGGCUUAACUAAUAAAUCAUCUAUCUUAAAUUCAUCAUUUUAGUUAUAUCAGUAAUAAUAACAAUAAGUUUAAAAAACUUUUGAUUAAUUAACAUUAAGUUAAGAAAAUAGAGAGAUUACAAAUAACAAUAAUAACACUAAAUUUACUAGUUCUAUCAAUAAUAAUAAUUCCACUCUUAAUAAAACUUCUAAUACAGACUCAGUUGACUAAAAACUCAUUAAUUUAAAUAAAAGAAUCCAAGAAACCUUAUCAAAAAGUUUAAAUAAAAACAUUAGAUGA